AUGAAUCUCCUCAAAACGAUUCAUUACCACUCCACCAUUACUCAAUUUCACCGUUUUGCCACUACACAUUCCUUUGCUUCUUCUCCCUCUUCUCCGUUGUCAAUCUCUCUACAGAGACCCAGAAUCUCUCUCGUUACCACCUCCAACCGAAGCUCCUUCGCGCUCUCGAGCUUCUCCAGCAGCAGCAGAGCUUCGAUUUCAAGUAAUCAAGAGAAUGGGAAGAAAGAAGAAGCUUACGUCUCGGCGGAGGAGAGAGACGAAGUCGUUUACCAGAAAACGCUGAGACUGGUGGAGUGCGCCAUGUUCGCUGCCGUCACCGGCCUCGUUUACUUUCUCAGCAAUUCUCUCGCCAUUGAGAACUACUUUGGGUGUUUCUUCUCGCUGCCAAUAGUGAUAUCUUCGAUAAGAUGGAAUAUUGCAGGCGGCAGGAAGACAAUGGUUGCUACUGUCAUGCUGUUGUUCAUACUAUCAGGCCCUGUCAAAGCAUUAACUUACUUUCUUACUCAUGGUCUUGUGGGGCUUGCAAUUGGCUCACUGUGGAGGAAGAAGGCAAGCUGGCGUCUCUCGAUUUUCUUGUGCACAAUGGUCCGAGCAUUGGGUCUCAUAGGAUAUGUUCUGACAUCAUCCUUCUUAAUAAGAGAAAACAUUCUCGCUGUGAUCACAAUUAACAUCCAUGCCUCUCUCUCUUAUGUUUUCACCGCCAUGGGCUUGAACAUAAUGCCUUCAAUGAGCCUCAUUUAUAUGAUAUUCGGAACAGUGCUGUUGCUAAACAGUGGAUUCUUUGUGCUGUUGCUGCAUCUCCUCUACUCAGUCUUCCUCACAAGACUCGGAAUGAAAUCUGAGUUGAGAUUGCCGGCCUGGUUAGACAAAGCAAUAUGA